GUCAAGCCGCUUAGCUCACAAUCCAAAAUUGAACUAUCGCUCCGAUUCUCAUGUACACGGCCUCUGUGACGCUUCUCGCGUAAGCGGACCAAUUUUUCCCGAUACCCCUCCCCACCGACACCUGUCGUCCGCUCCCAGCACCCGUCCGCCGCCACCCCAUCCGCCGUCGGCUCCGGCCGCCACCCCAUCCGCCGUCGGCUCCGGCCGCCACCCUCCACCGGUUCCCUGCCCAGAUCCAACCCGCCUCUUCCCUGCCGAGCAGAUCCCGUCCGUCCGCCUGCUGGUGUUCCUGCGGUUCCUGCCCGCAGGUGCUGGCCUGCAGAUCCCGUGCGCCCCCCUGCUGCUGUUCCUGCAAGUCCUGCCUGCAGGUGCCUGCCGAGCAGAUCCCAUCUGCCCCCCUGCUGCUGUGUUUCUGCAGGUGGUGCUUCCACCGGCCGGAAAGAUGAGGACUUGAGGACUCGCCAAGAUGAAGGUGCUGACCCCCUGCUAUUGUUCCUGCAAGUGCUGCUUCCGUCGGCUCCCCUCAGGUGCUGCCCCCCUCCUUCCGCCUGCUGUUGAGAAUGUGCUGCUGCUGUUGAGAAGGAUACCUAUGCGUCAAUUUUUACUGGCGUCAUUUACCGCCGACCAAGAGCAAGGUAAAUUGUUGUCACUUCUUUGAUGGAUUGCGCAAAUGGCAGGUUGUGGGUUGCAUAGUAGUACUUCUUGAUUCAUGCUGCUCUCAAUUCAUGGUCAGUAAACAAGAUUGUAGAUUUAUAUUUAGUUCUACAAUACUGUAAUCAAAUUUUGAUGGAAAAGUCAUCAAAGCUUGUGGCAAAAUGGGAUUCAUUUGCCGCAAAGGCUUUCAAUGACAUUUGUGUGGAAGAAGUACUUGCUUUUAAUCGGCUGCAGCAAUAUUUGAAUGCGGUGGGAUAUGCAAAUCUUGUUAGAAAGUUUUAUGAGCGUACCAAGAGACCAUACAAUGAAGGGCAAAUGAAGAACACGUGGGAUAUAUUGAAAAAAAUGUAUACCUAAUGGAAGACUUUAAACUUGAGAGCAAUCGGAUUGAGAAGAGAUCCUGUUACAGGUUGUAUUGUGGCUGAUGAUGAAUGGUGGGAAGAACAAAAUGCGGCUAUGCAAGGUUGUAACCAGUUUAGAACAGCCCGCUUGAGUACGAGGAUCAGAUGCAAAUCUUGUUUGAAUUUGUUAUUGUUAUAAAUGAGACUUCAUAUGUUCCAAGUGGUGAUGGCAAUAUUGAUGAACAUGAUGUUGCUGAUGCUGGGGGCAAUAGUGAUAGGGAGGCACCUAAGGUCCCAACAAGUGAAAGCAUCUAGGCCCCUAACUUGUGUUUUGGUAAUUAAUGACGAUCUUAGUGGACUAACAAUUUCAUUGAGAAUAUGAGUAUAGGUUAGUCCUGAAGUUGAGUUGAGCUUCAAAGGAUACUAUGACGAUAUCUUGGUUGGUUUGAACGUUGGAAAGCUCAAGGCAAAGGUACACGAUAGGGUUUUUAUUUUUACCGAUCAAGAGGUACUUAGCGGAUGUGAAUUGACCGGAAUAGUAGGGUAGAUAGCUGUACUAUCAAGAGGGCUCAAUUUCAUUUACUUGAUGGUUCUAUAGUGCCACUUUGCUCAAACAAUUGCAUUACAUGCAUAGGAACUAACUUAGUUUGAGAAAGUGAAAGAAAUGAGAAGAAAAACUUGUUCUAAAAGAGGUCUAACUAUAUAAGGGCGGACGGUCCGGCUCUAGGUGGCGGACGGUCAGCUAAACCUAGAUAGAAAUAGGUUUUCGGGCCGAGAAAUUAUUUCUCAAAAGCGGACAGUCUGCAGUUGUUUUCUACGGACAAUCCGCAUGGGGUGGACGGUCCGGCCCUCUGUAACGGUCCAUUCUGACACGCAUUAAAUGCUGCAGUAGCCGUUGGGGCUUGAACUGCGGACGGUCUGCCCCCUGUGGGGCGGACGAUCCGCCAGUCCCCUGUUUUUCGCAAAAAUGACUGUAAUAGCUAGUUUUAGAAGGGAGGCUUGUAAAUACCCCACCCCCGAAUAUGGGUGAGGUCUUUUGGCACCUUGGACAAUAUUUGUGACAUUCUAAAGCCUCUUCCACAUCUCACUCACUCACGGUGCUUAGAGAUUGCAUUCUAGUGAGAUUGAGAGCAUCCUAGUGCAUUGCAUGAAGAAUUUGAGAUUUGUGGCACUAGAGAGUCUUCAAGCAAGUGUUCUUUGAUUGCUUGGAGAUUGUGAAAGCCGUUGAGCCCUUCAAGAAGAUUGUGAAGGAGCCCCGGUUAUUCUUGUGAGGGGUCUUGUGCUCACCUCGUUGGAGCGGUGAAGAGCAACUCUAGUGGAAUCGAGGUUUGGAGAGGUUCUUUGAUUGAAGCCGGCUCAAACAUCAAGCGAUGCCUUGAUAGAGGAGCAGUUGAAAUAUUGAAUCCACCUCAACGUGGAUUAGGAGUGACUAGCAAGUCAUCGACACCACGGGAUAAAUUCGUCACUCGUGUUUGGUUCUAACUUUGCUCAAUUUCUUUAUUGCAUUUUACUUUGAGCAAAUUACUUUACUAGAGAUUGAAUAGUAUCUUGUCACCCUAGGUUGCAAACCUUCACCUAGUUGUAGAGUAGCUAGAAAUAGUUUUCCUCUUGUGUUACUAAUCAAAUUUUUAAAGUGUUGUGAUUUUAGUUGAAACCGCCUAUUCACCCCCCUCUAGUCGAUAUCCUAGAUCCUAUCAGAGCCGUGGUCUCCAUAUUUCAAGGAUUUAACCAUCUCGGAGUAGGAUAAAUGGCUAGUCAGAACAAUGUUCAUGUGGGGAAACCACCUUUCUUUGAUGGGAACAACUAUGAUUAUUGGAAAACUAGAAUAAUGGUUCAUCUUAAAGCAAUGGGCAAGAAGAUAUGGGGAAUUGUAAAUGAAGGUUUUAUCAUUCUUGAUGAGAAGAACAUGAGUGAAGCCGAUGACGCUAAUGAGCUGCUAAAUGAUCAAGCUAUGAAUGUGUUAUAUGGGGCUCUUGACAUUAAUAAAUUCAAUCGGGUCAAAAAUCUCACAACCGUAUAUGAGAUUUGGAACAAGCUUUUGAAAAUUCAUGAAGAGACAUCUACCGUAAAGGAAGCUAAACUUUAUAUUUUCAAGGGCAAGUUUAGUGAAUUCUCAAUGAAGAAGGAUGAAGAUGUCUCUACUAUGUUCAACCAGUUAAAUGACAUAGUAAAUGAGCUCAAGGGUCUUGGCUUCAAUGCUCAUCCUAAACUACAAGAAGCAAGGUUCUGGCCUCAUUUCAAAGAUUGCAUAGGAGCAAUAGAUGGUACCCAUAUACCUGUAACUGUGCCAUUAGGGCAUGGGUAUCCUUCACAAAAUGUCAUGGCGGUAUGUGACUUUGAUAUGCGGUUCACAUUUGCUGUCACUGGUUGGCCUGGUUCUGUCCAUAACACUCGUGUAUUAUUGGACACGUUUCUCACAUACAAGGAACAAUUUCCACAUCCUCCCGAUGGCAAGUACUAUCUUGUUGACUCUGGAUAUCCUAAUAGAAAAGGAUUUCUUGCACCCUACAAGGGACAAAGGUAUCAUGUUUCUGAAUGGCAGCAUGGUCAGCAUCCGGCGGGAUUGAAAGAAGUAUUUAAUCAUGCACAUUCAUCACUUAGAAAUGUGAUUGAGCGAUCAUUUGGAGUUCUAAAGAUGAAGUUGCGCAUUCUCUUGAAUCUGCCCAGUUAUCUGGUUAACAAGCAGUCCAAAAUUAUAGUUACUUGUAUGGCCCUUCACAAUUUCAUCAGAGAUAGUGUCGUACAUGAUGUGCAUUUUGAAUAGGAUUUUGAGGAAGAUGAUGCUAAUCCAACCCAACCUAGCACAGAUGGUGGUGCUGCUACUUUAGGAGAUGACAUGGAUAUGGGUGCAUUGCGUGAUGCUAUUGUUGUCGCUAUGAUUUCGUAAUUCAUUGUUGUACCCAUGAUAGAUGUUUCCAUACUAGACCGAUCUCAUAUGAAUUUCAUAUUAUUGUAAUGCAAUUUCUAUUUAACAAACUCUAAAGACAUUAGAAUUA